AUGAGGAUGUCAUGCAAGCGCCAGCGGGUUAUGAUUCGGGAUCGUGCAGGCAGCACAAUCGGCGACCUCUACGACUGGCCGUCGAAGUUGGCAGCCAAGCUUCAUCGCAUACCACGUUUGCGAUAUGGCUGGAAAGCCCACUUGGCCAAUGGCAACUGCAUGGUGAUUUACUCCGACCAUAGCGGGUGUGGCAAUGGAGAGGAAGGCUUGCUUGAUGCCAUCACCGCGCUAAAGGAGCACUUUCACUUUGCAGAGGGCACAGACUCUGCAGACCUGUUGGAACCCGUCGUGCACAGCGUCUGCGACCCGGAUGUUCAUGCAGUGCAGGCGCUGUCGGCAACAAGUCGUGCAAAGCAUCUCUUUGGCUAUGUGGAGGACUUUGUGUCCAAAGACAUGAUGUCCGACAUUGCGACUGCCGAGGAGAGAUCUGCCUUCUUGAAAGACAACUUGGCGACGGAAGUCCACCACAACCUGUCCAGCUACUUUCCACUGGACCACAAAGUCUUCUGUCGCUGGAAACAGCAAGAUGUUCCGGCUCUGGCGCCGGAGGCCUGUCUUGCCCGGGCCACAAACCGAAGGUGCUUGGAAAUCCAAGUGAGUGGCACAUGCUGCUACGAUUGGUCGUCGAUGAACCAGAAGGCCCUCAGGUCGCAUGGUCCUUCGCAGGUCUCUUUCUUGUGGUGGAAGGAGGGCCUCAAAGCCCACCAGCCAGACUUGCUCCUGCGCGAGAACGUUAUGCGAUUCCACGUGGAGCAUCUCAUGGAUGGGCUCGAAGACUUGUACUCUGCCUUCCAGUUCACCCUUUCACCGCUGGACAUUGGAUGGCCGGUGAGACGGCCAAGGCGCUUCACUGCUUUGGUCCAUCGUCGAUGGCACUGUUCCGCUUCGCAGUCCGACUUCGAGUUUCAUUUCGGUGCUUCUGCGGCCAUGACGGGCAGCGAUCUACUGGCUAUGCCACCGAACAUCGUCGAGGAAUACUUCCGAAACAAACUCCGUCAGAAACUCUGCCACAAAGAAGGCCUUCUCGAAGCAGCUGAUUUCAGACGAGUGCUGACUCCGCGGCAGAGAAAAAUGCUUGAGGAAUUUGAGGAGCUCGCUGCCAAGGACGGGGGCGAGCUGGGCGAGGACUUCUUGGUCGACUUGUCCCAGACCGCCGAGUGGACCACGGUCGCAAACAGUGCCCCGUGCCUUCUUCGUGGAUCAUUGCCGCUUGCAUGCCCAGGGGGGAUAAUGUACGUUCGGUCUGAAAACACUUUGGCUUUGCUUUCUUGCUUUCCAUAUGCAGCAAGGAUCUGGAGCCACAAGCUGCAGCGCACGGCCUUGCCAGCAGAGCACAUGCUGCUGCAAGGCGUCCCGCUGCUAGAGGACAAGAGUCCGUGGAAGCAGUUCGUGCUUGACAAGGCCGUGGAUCCAUGUUUUGACAGCAUGUUUCUGAACUUGUCCGGGAAUGCCAUGCAUCGUGCUGUCAUUGGAACAUGGGCUGCGUAUAUCGUCGGCUCCCUGUCCCCUUGUGCCUCGCCUUCCUCAUUUCGAUUCCGGUCCACGUCAGAGCUGACAAUCACGGCUGACGAUGCUGACGCUGCAGCAGACUAG